AUGCUGCGGCGUACGGUCCUAAACCGCUGCAAGAGCGUUAAUAGUGUGACACUAGUCGGCGUCGUGCAUGACAUCCAAAACGGAUUUGUGUACGAAGAUGCGGUCACGCAGUUCACCCUCACGACGACGAGCAUUGACACCACGCACCCAACGCAGGAGGUCGUUGUGGAGAAGGAUCACCACACCAUCCGCUGCUUUGGUGAGCUCUUCUCGGCUGAGGUUAAGCACAAAAUAAAGGAAGGGAACGUGGUAUGUGUCAAUGGACGACUGCGACUCAGCCCGCAGCUCGAACCGUCGUGCAACAAGUAUUUCUACUUCCCCUACAUUCAGGUCCAGCCGCCGCAUGGACAGGUGGCAGUGAUUCACGGUGACCGGCGAACGACACCGGCACCGGUGAAUCCGACUGCAGACGAAAUAUCUUCAGAGGGUGAAAACGGCACUAGCAGCAGCAGCAGCAGCAGCAAGUGA